UGAUCGCAGCUGACUACAAGCCAAUGAGAAAUAAAAACAUGAACACGUGACGUAAUUACGUAGCCGUUAGCCGCAAGCUUAUCAUAUGCCGGGCAGUGUAACACUGUGAACUUGUUUUGGCAGAAAUUAAUUGUUGAAACACAAAAGAAACAUGACUAAAAUCGACUUGUCACUAUUUAGAAAAAAAUUCCGGGGUUCGAUGCUUGGUGUUUUGACGGGUGACUGUUUGGGAAGCCCGUAUGAGAAUGAGAAAUUGAGUUCGGGAACGAAAUUGGUAUUGCAGAAUUCUUUUGAUAAACUCGAAGGACCAGUAUAUAAAGCUCCUGUCAUGCAAUACACUGAUGAUUCUGCAAUGAGUAAAUCAGUAGCUCAAUCCUUAAUUGACAAAAAAGAUAUUGACUUGGUUGACAUGGCCAAAAAGUUUGUAAAAAGUUAUUAUCAAGAGCCUCACAGAGGAUACGGUCUUAGUGUUGUAACAGUGUUCGAAAAGCUACGAGGGGGUAAAUUCACAGAUAUUAUGCAACCAGCCAAAGAACAAUUUCACGGUCAAGGGUCUUUCGGUAAUGGAGCAGCUAUGAGAGUUACACCAGUAGCUUUAUUUUGUUAUAAUAAUUAUGAAAAACUCAUAGAUAUGGCUAGGAAACAGUCUCAAAUUACGCAUACUCAUAAAAUAGGAAUUGAUGGAGCUAUUUUACAGGCAAUUGCUGUUCAGCAAGUUCUCCACAAAUAUCCAGAAGAAGAUCUUGAUGUUUUGAGCUUUGUUGAUGAGCUUAGAGAAAAAAUGAGCAAACUAGAAGUAGAUGAAGAAGGUCUAGAUCUAGUAGAAGCUCAACCUUACAAAAUACAACUAGAUGUAAUGAAAAAGUUACUUCAAGAGCAAGGAGCAGACAAGCCAAUUGUAAAAAAUGUUAUUCGUGAAUUAGGUAAUGACAUUAGUGGAUUGAGGUCUGUACCUACUGCAAUAUUUUGUUUUCUGAGGGCCCAAAAGCCUAUCGAAGGUAUCAAUACAAAUAACUGCUUUAGAAGAGCUCUUCAAUAUGCUAUAAGCUUGGGAGGAGACACGGAUACCAUUGGUAGUAUGACAGGUGCCAUAGCAGGUGCAUAUUAUGGAGAUGAAAAGAUACAUCCAAACAUUCUUCAUCACUGCGAAGCAUCAACAGAAUUUAGUCAACUUGGCGACAAUCUAUUUGAAGUUGCAACGACUAUGGAAUGGAAUUCUUAA